AUGUAUUACGAACCGAGCAUAGAUCCCCUAGAGGAGUACGAAUGGACCAAGCUCCCCUACAAACUCACAGUUCUAGUCCCGCCACGCCCACCGCGCCGAUGGAUGUCGCUGAAACCAGGAAAUACACCCGGUCGCAACAAUACCCACGAUAUCCCAGAACUGCCGCGUCCAAACUCACAUGCUGACUUUAGCCGUGUGUCGCUUGAAGACUUGCUGGGAUUGCCGACGAAAACCGUAAUCGUAAAGAGCGAUGGGUUUCCGCGCGACAUGCGGUGUAAACACGCACAAGGUGCGAAUGGAGCGGAAGUGGGGGCAAGAGGGUGUAAAGAAGGAUGUUAUGUGCUGGAGAAAGGAGGUGAAAUAAGCAGUUGGAGGUGCGCGAGUAACGAGUGUGAAGGGCAUGUGUACUGUGGAAAAGUGAUGAAGGAUAAACAUGGAAAUUGCUGUUUUGGGAAAAAAGGGGAGCGAAUGGUUUGUCUUCAGACAUAA